AGCAGCAUAUCUUGAGCCAACAGCUUCAACUUUGGGGUUGUACAAUACACAUUUCCAUAUUGGAAAAGGGGUACCAAUGCAACAACUCCAUAAUAAACCAGAUUUUGGACACAAGCUUUCACUAAAUUAUUUUCUACAUCAGAAAGUGCAGCAAUUCGGGCCACAUGAUUGAAACCAUCAAUAUAAGGGGUGACUUGUUGAGUAGUGAGAUCCCAUUGCUGUUCUGGUAAGGCUUUAAUGAACAGUGGAACUUGAUGGUCCAUUACUGAAGGCGGAUCUAGCCUUAUUUGACAGACUUUGAGGUGUGUAGCUGUGGGGCCAUCUGUAAGAGCACAUUCGCCUAAAAAUAUAUAGAAUAUUUCUCAGCCUCCUAUAAUUUGAUUGAAUGAAUUGUAUUGCCUGUUUUGUUGAGCUGUUCCAUGACUUGAGUCAAAAUGGGAGUGAGUUUUAUGCUGGCUUUGCCAUCAGACAGGAAAUUAUUAUCCAUCUCCAUACUCAUCAAAUAAUCUGAGAACUUUGUAACAACAGAUUCAUAUUGGACAGUUCUAGCAUUACUAUCACAGGCAAAGCAUAAGUUGAAGUGGAAAGCAUUUCUUGCAUACUUCUUAUCAUCAAUGCGGACUGGGAAACCCAAUAUUUUGUGGUCCUUCAGAGUCCUAUAAUAUAAUGAAUCUACCACCACCACAAUGAGACAAUUUAUAAAAGUACAAAUAGGUACUUACACUGUUAUUGUACUUUUUUGAAGCUCUGCUUUGGUUAUAAUAUAAACACUGAUACUAUCAAACAACUCUUUUGAUAUGUAAUUAGCUGGUACCUGAUAGGUAAUGAAAAAAUCACAUCACUCUAAUAUUCAAUUAAAUGCCCUAUUUGUCUGACCUACUCACUUGGCAAGAGAUUAUUGGUCCAGCAGUUGGGUGAAAUUCACAAAAGAAUAUACAGCGAAUGGGUCCUUCCUUUCCAUUAUUAGGAACAACAGUAUUACUUUUAGAAUUUUCCAUUUCUAUAAUUGGCCGUAUAAUUUACAUCUCACUUUAUUUCAUUAAUUACUAUUUGAACUUUCUAGUUUUGCUCAGAAUAAUGAAUGAUUAUCUGGUAAUUUGUGACAGGAUGACAGUUGACACGUAAACAAUAACAAUAGCCGUCAGCUGAUUGUCGGCCAUUUUGUCUCAAGGACAGUUGUCACUUGUCUUGUCAUGACUGUCAUCGACUUCAAAUGACAGAUGAAUAUUAUUUAUGUAAAAUGAAGGUAAAAUGUAAAUAAAGUUGAUUUAUGGUUGAUUGUAACUGUGAAAUAUAUGUGAUGGUGUGACUGCUUGCUAUUGCUAUUUAUAAUAAUUGUUCUUAUACACUUCUAUGUAAAAGUAAGCAGUGCUCGUGAGUAAACAGAGUGUUGAACUCUACAUAUUUAUCUUUAUAUUUAUUCCAACCAAUUCCUUUGACGAUGAUGGAACCUGGUAAAAAAAUUACAUUCGCAUUCAACAAGGCUAGUAAGAAGCCGAUGGUGAUAAAAAGUAAGCCUGUAGAAGAAGAGAAAGAAUUGAUUGACUGUUUGGAAGGUCAAUCCAUUAUAGUUAAAAAUGCAGUUGUAAUAGUUAAGCAGCCCCUUGUAAUUCCAAUCAAAGACAAUAAGAGGAAUCUUCUGGAUAGAGUAAGAGCAUCUAGAGCAAAAGCUGAUAAAAAGCAAGAAAAUGGUGAAGCAGAUACCAGACCAGAUUCUGAACUUACCAUUGAUGAAUUAGCAGCUCGAGAAUUAUUGAAUGAUGCAAAGAAAAGACUUGCAGAGAAAGAAUCUCUCAACACCAAGGUACAUGUCCUUCCAUUGAAUGAAGAAAACUUGAGUUUAGAUGGUGAAAAAGAAGCAACUCUAGAAGAUUAUGAAAAUGUACCCAUUAGUGAUUAUGGACUUGCAAUGUUGAGAGGAAUGGGUUGGAAAGAAGGCUCAGGACUUGGUAAAACUGCUGCAAAGAUAAUGCCUGUGGUUGCACCAGAACUCAGACCAAAGGGAUUAGGCUUGGGUGCAAGUAAACUAAUUAGGAAUGAGACACCAAGUGAACCAGUUUGUGACAAACAUGGACAAGCCCUAACACUUAAAAAAGGGGCUUUUGCCAAGAUUAUUGCUGGUUCACAUAAAGGAAAUUAUUGUGAGGUACAAGGUUUGGAUGAUGAAGGUGGUAGGAUAAUAGUGAGAACUUCUCUGAAAGGAGAUAUAUUGGCACUGAAUGAAUUUCUUGUUGUACCUGUAACAAAAGAGGAAUACUCCAGAGGAUCGAAAAUAUUGAACAGGGUGAAAUAUGAAGAAUUCAAAGAAAAAGAGAUUAACAUUGUGAAAAAAGAGGAAGAAAAAGAGAAAUCAACAAAAUAUAAAUCCACUAGGAAUACAUCCACUGAAAAUACAGAAGAAAGCAGAAGCAAAAAGAGUCACAAGUCAGGAGACAAACAUGAGUCCAGACUCGAGUCCAGAUCAUAUGAAGUGAAGAGAUCAAAAGAAAGUAAAUCAAAGAGCAGGCACAGGGAAGAAACUUCAUCAUCCAGUUCAGACAGUGAGCUAGAAAGGUCCAGAAAACAACACAAAAGGAAGGACAAACGUAGACAUCGAGAUAAGAGUAGAUCCCCGCGCAGAGAAAAGACCAUCGGCCAUAAAAAAUCCAUCAGAAGUAAAAACAAGCAUGGUUCACCUUCUAGGUCCGAUAAUGAAAGGUCAAAAUAUUCCAGAUCUAGAGAGAGGGCAAGAUCUAGCAGUAGUGAAAGUUAUAAGGAUCAUAGAAAGAAUAAAUGAUAAUUUUGA